UUUCACCUAUUAGGACAGAAACAGCCUCAUCUGAGGGAAACACUCAGACAUACAAGAUGGCAUCCUUCGAAAACGACAUCAACCAACACUUCCAGGAUGCAAUCGAUGUGAUUCAACAGCAUUCAAAUAAUUCAUAUUAUGAAUCAGAGUAUACACAUUGUGAAACUCUGGGCACUCAGCACCCAUCUCUGCAGUGUCCUGUCUAUGACUGGAAUGACACAGCUCAGCAGUCCUGGUCUCAGGUCAUCCCUGAUGUCUCCUUUGGUCACACCAUACCAACUGAAUCCCCUCAUUUCUACUCCAUCUUACCACCACAGAGGAACAGCAAAGGUCGUAAGAAACUCAGACUUUAUGAAUACCUCCAUGAAGCUCUGAAUGACCCCAACAUGGGCGACUCAAUCCAGUGGACGGACAGCGGCAGCGGAACCUUCCACUUCAUCUCCAAGAACAAGGAGAAGCUUGCUGAGUGCUGGGGCCAGCGCAAAGGCAACCGCAAGACUAUGACAUAUCAGAAGAUGGCAAGAGCUCUGAGAAACUACAGCCGCACCGGUGAGAUUAUUAAAGUGCGCCGCAAACUCACCUACCAGUUCAACCCAGACAUCCUGCACAGGCUGGGCUCCACGCAGGUGUCCCUGCACCUGCCCUGCCGCCCUGCACAGGAGGAGGCCCACACCCAGCAGCAGAACCCGGCCGAGCAGAGCUACUUCAGCUCUGCAGCGGUGGACUGGCACAGCUGGUACGGACACUACCAGCUGCAGGAGGACUACGACCUGGCCUCCAGCUUCACCUCACAAAGCACAAGCAAACUCUGAGCCAGAGGUUUGGUCACUGGGAAGAAUAA